AUGAGGUUGAUCGUAAAAGAGUUAGCUAUGAAGGAAGAGAUCUUAUUUCGAAUUGCUCGUGGCCUUGGCAAGCCUGUGACUGUUGAUCCGAGAACAUUGAAAGUUGAAUAUGGUUAUUUUGCUGCGAUACUGGUGGAUAUAGAUUUUUCAAAACCUUUGCCUAAGCUUGUUAUUGAUGAUGAGGAUCGUUCGGAAGGUUUUCGUCUUGAUUAUGAUUUUUUGAAUAAGCCUGAUUUUUGUGACCAUUGUAAAUCAGUUGGUCACACUUUGUCCCAAUGCAGAACAGCUAAGUAUCAAGAUUUGGAGAAGCUGCAUGAUGCCAAAGAGGAUGAUUUAAAAUGUGCGGCUCUCAAGGCUGAAAUGGAUGAACUGAAAGAUUAUUGGAAGAAGGAAAAAUAUGUUAAGCCAAAAGAUAAGCCUCCACCACCGGAUCAUACUGGUGGAGGAGGGGAACAAUCUUUGGAGCCUAAGGAUGAUGGUUUAUGUAUUGGUGGAGUUAAGCAUACUGGGCGUCAUACCCUGAUUCCGAGUCCAGCUUCGAGUAUUGCUGGAGAGGACAAGAUUGCAGACAUUCCGCAUGUCUUGCCUGAUUCUGCUAGCAAUACAAUUGGUUCAGUGCCUUUGCGUGAUAUUUUUGAUGAUGCUGCUUCACUUUCUUUGGACCUUGAAAAGGAGGAGGAGGAACUUUACAAAGUCUAUGAUGAAAAAAAAAGGAUAGCUGAUGAUAUGGCUAAGGCUGCAGAUCUUGCAAAAAUAGAACAAGAUGCUUUAUUGGCUAAAUUGCAACAUACUAGACAAUUGCUUAUGGCAAAGAAGAGGCAAGAGGAAGAGAAGAGUGUUCAAGAAGAAGAUGCUACUUUGGUUUUAGAGAAACAACAACAAGAAAUUGCUCAUCAAGACUUUUCACAAACGCAACAAUCCUAA